AUGGAUUGGAUAUCAAAUUUAUAAUCAUUAGGUUUAAAGUAAUAAAAAUAUAGUCUCUAUAAGGAAUUAGAAGUAAUGAUCAAGUAUUAAAAAUCAAAUGAAAAUGAUUAGAUUGAUGAAACAAAUUAGAUUAAAUUACUAAAUGAUUCUUUUUCCACUAAAAUUGAUAAUAAGUUAGAUUCAUUCAAAUAAUAUUAGGAAUAUUAAAAAUGUCAACAAAUAUUACAAGAAUUGUCAUCUUAAUUCUAUUAAUAAUCAAUAUAUGUUCAAAUAUAAUUGUUAAAUUUAGAGAUCCUAAAUUUCAAGGAAGUGGAGUUAAAGUGUAUUAAACUUCUUAAUCUUGGUUGA